UUCACUCCCAAAUCCAAAUGGAAGGCCGUCAAUCCCACCCAUGUACCCCUAUCUCGGAUGACUUCAUCCCCAAGCGCGGCAAAAAGCGCGGUGGCUAUAAUUGUGGCAGAUGUGGUCUUCCUAAAAAAGGCCAUAUUUGCAAUAGUAAUAAUCCUACUACUGAAGUAGUAGUUCCUACUCCCACACUCAGUGAUGCUAAAUCCAUUGUUUCAUCUUCUCCGUUAUCUGUUAUUCGUCCUCAGCCGCCACGUCAGCCAGUAGUUCCUCAGCUCAGGCGAGCGCUUUCUUUUGAUGACGACGACAUUGGUGUUAGUGAUGAAUCACCUGGAUCUGAUGUUGAUGAUGAUGACGUGGAUUUAUUGGAUUUAUGUGGGUCCGGGAAGUUACCGGGGAAUUGUUUAUGGGAAGUGCUUAAGAGAUUGCCACCAUCAGAGUUGCUUUCAUCGGCGAAGGUUUGUAAAGGUUGGAGAGAUGUUUGUACAAAGAUUUGGAAGUCUGCUCAGGAACUUAGACUUGGGGUUCCUUUGAAAACUCAGAUUGGAGUUGUUGGAUCAGUCUUGAAGAAAUGUCCUCGACUUGUCAAGCUUUCUCUUACAAUGAAAAGUGAUGUGGAUGCAACAAUGUUGGCCUGCAUUGCAUUUUCCUGUCCUAAUCUGGAUUCACUGGAGAUUCUCACUUCCGAUACCUCAGUCAAUGGGAUCACAGGGGACGAAUUAGGUCGUUUUGUUGCUGAUAAAAGGUGCCUUACCAAUCUUAAGAUGGAAGGGUGCUCAAAUCUGGGGGGAUUUACUCUUUCUUCAACCAGCCUUUCUAGUCUUUGCCUUUCAGAUCUCUUUUGUCACUCUAAGAUGGUCUUCAACUGCCCCAAUUUGAAGGAGAUUUGCCUGGAUUUUUCUCGCCAAGAGAACGACAGCACUGAUCUUACUGCUAUGGUGGGUGGUCUUGGAAGGAGCUGCGCAAGACUACAGAACAUUCAUGUUGCUUCAGUUCGGCUUACACAUGCUGUUGUGCUUGCUCUAACAGCAGCAAAUCUAAGGGGGUUAAGAACGCUUUCCCUUGUACUGGGGUCAGAAAUAACUGAUGCAUCUGUUGCUGCUAUUGCUUCGAGCUACUCGAGGCUUGAGUUUCUUGAUUUGAGUGGGUCUAGUAUCAGUGACAGUGGCAUUGGAAUGAUAUGCAAUGUAUUUCCAGAGACAUUGUCGAAACUUCUCCUUGCGCUUUGUCCAAAUAUCACUUCAAGUGGCAUACAAUUUGCUGCAGCUCAGUUGCCUAAUCUAGAGCUAAUGGACUGUGGAAUGAGCAUAUGUGAUCCAGAUCUAGACAGUCCAACAACUCAGGAAAAUGAUAAUGGCGAGUUACAAAGAACACCGAGUAGUAAAUUACACCUUAUAUACCAGAAACUGAUUAUUAAGCACAGCCGCUUGAAGAAACUCAGCUUAUGGGGUUGCUCUGGCUUAGAUGCCUUAUAUCUAAGUUGCCCAGAGCUUAAUGAUUUGAACCUGAACUUUUGUAUGAAUUUGAAUCCAGAAAGAUUGCUACUUCAGUGCCCCAAUCUAGAAAGUGUACACGUAUCAGGUUGCCAAGACGCUUUGGUUGAAACUCUUCAGAAUCAGGUUUGUGGUGAUUUUAUGGCUGGUGACAAUCAUUUUCCAAGCAAACGUCUUCCUGAUGGCUCAAAAAGGAUCAAAGUUCCUCAUUUAUACAGCCCCCAGCCAUUUGAUGAUGCAAAGAGAAAGAGAAGGAUCUCAAAGCAACGCUGUGAUGUGCUUGUAUAGUAGUUAAAAACUUGUCUUGUACUAUCUUUGUUGUUACUCUAGGCCAUCUUAUUUUUCCAUUCUUUGUUACAUAGUGAUCUGAGGCUAAAGCCUAAUCAUGUAAUUUUCAUUGAUAAAACUAUUGACAGGGAUUACAUUCCCUUUAUCAAUAAAAAGUGCUUGGCUCUGUGAACUUUUGAUCAAAGGUAAA